AUGUCCAGUCAACUCCAUCUACACCACUGUAACACUAUAAUCAAUUUCCAGUCAAUAUAUUUUGUACACUUCCAAUAUCGUUGUACAUUCUCAUCGAACGCGAAUAAUAACCAAGUCAACGACGACGACGAAGUAGACAGCCACAGAUACAGCCACAGUCACAACAACCACACCCACACACUCCAACAUCACUACCAAUUCAUUAUAUAUUCACCUCUGUAUAACUGCAUCACCGUCAUCAACUUAAAAGUGGCGUCAUUCUUUAAUAAGCUACACUCGACGUUCUCGUCCGAGUCCAGGUCGGCCACCUCACCAAAGAAGUCGCCAAGGACCCAGGCCUCACGUCCAGCCGUCCUCUCACCACGUUCAUCCCCAGUGCUCCAACACGCGCGAGUCCAGCAAAAUGACGAGCAGCCAACCUCACCUUAUCAACUGCGCAACAGCGGUGAGGCGCGCGAGGCUGGCAGCAGCACCAGCAGUGGACAUGGACAUGGACGCGGAUUCCUGACCUCAAGUCUCAAGAGCAUCAAAAGAAGAUUCAGCAUCACGAUCACUUCAUCUUCGGACGAGGAGAGCACUUACUCUUCAUGCAGCUCGUCUACAGCGUCACAGACUGAUUCACAGAGCAACUGUUCCAGCCUCAAGAGCAGCUCAAGUUCGAUCGACUUUGAGACCGACCCAGGUUACAACGACCCAUCGUCCAUCAAUGAGGAGAGCGAGGUUGUCAUUGAAGACUACUUCACUACGUAUUCGCCCACCGAGACAUACGGCCUGAGGAACAGCAAGUUGAAGCGUUGUCCAACCACCUUGACCAGAUUCUAUUUGUUGGAACGCUUCCCCGAGGAGGUCGAGCUGUCCAUCGUCUCCCACCUCACCGCACAAGACCUCAUCUCACUGUCAAUGGUUAACAAGCACUUCAACCGUCUAUCCAAUGACCGCACCCUUUGGAAGAAGGUGUGCAAGCGUAACGAAUGGCGCUCGGCCAUGAAGUAUGAUCCAUCCUUUGAAUACAAGGAAUACUACUUUGAGAAGAGAGCCAUAACUGCACAGAACUGCUUCAGAUGGAUAACACCAAAGUUUGCAGGACAGAUGCCGACAAAGAGGUUCAAGCAUACUUCAACCUUUGUCAAUGGCAAGAUCAUAUUUAUAGGAGGACAGGAGACAGAUACAAAGAGAUUCAAUGAUAUUAUAUACUAUGACACCGCAAACAAUACGUUCUCGCGACCAAUGAUCAAGGGCGACCGUGUGCCCAACUUCUCCCGCCACACCUCAACGCUGGUCGGCAACAGCAUCUAUAUAUUCGGUGGCUACGAUGGCCAUGGCACAAACUUUGACUUGGCCGUCUUCAACACAGCCAAUCGCACAUGGACUAAUGUGCCCAAGGAGUUUGUCCUUGGCGCUGCGCCCGUGUCUCGUACCAACCACGCAUCGGCAGCAGUAGGCUCAACUGUGUAUAUAUUUGGCGGCAACAACAACGAUCAGUUUGGUCGCUACCAGGUGCUGGACGACCUGCACGCACUCAACACCGAGACAAUGACAUGGGAGCAACCCGAGGUCACUGGCGAGCGACCAUGCGCCCGCAGCGGUCAUUGCAUGACAGCAAUUGGCAAGAAGUUAUAUGUCUUUGGCGGUGGCAUCUGGAACGAGACCAAUGGAUGGACUGACAAGUUCAAUGACGUUCAUGUGUUUGACACGACCACGCGCCAUUGGACCAAGGCCAUGACCAAGGGCGAGGUGCAGACCAGCACUUUCGCCAUCUCCUUCGCCGUUGGCCGCUAUAUGUUCAUCUUUGGCGGUGGCAGCAAGCCACGCCACUUUGUCACCAACGAUAUUUACAUACUGGACACCGAGAUGAUGGAGUGGACCACGCCAUUCAUCGCGGAGCCUCGUCCACCCGCACGCGACAUGGGCACUGCCUGUGUGGCGGGCGGCGAUGUAUACUUCAUGGGUGGAUACGCAGGCGGCGCCAUUGAAUACUUUAACAAACUGCACUUUAGUCAUAAGAUCCUAACAAACAUUGCCAUCCAGCAGUCGUCACUCUGUGGCAGUGGUGUAGGCAACACCAAUAGCCUGUUAUUACAAGGUAACAGUGUGAUGUAA